CCCCCGGCCCCCGCCCGCCCCCGCCCGCGGCCGGCGCGGAGCCUCCCGCGGCACCGGGGCUGCGGCCGCGCUCCCCGCGGCGGCGCCAGGCAGGGGCCGUCCCGCGGCUCCCGGCCGCCCACCCGCCAGCAGCCCCGGCCCCGACACGGGACCGGCCCGGCCAUGGCAGCCGCGGGCGGGACGCCGCGCCCCGGCCGAGAGCGGAGCCGAGCGGGAGGCAGAUGCGCCGCUGGCCCUGUAGAGACUUUGCUGCUUCACCUCAGGCUUAUGUGACCCUGCUGGAAAGAUCAUGACCGAAGCCCUCAUCUCUGCUGCUUUGAAUGGAACUGAACCCAACCUGUUGUCCGGCAGCGGCUGGCCGGCGGGAAAUGCCACCACCAAGUGCUCCCUGACCAAAACCGGCUUCCAGUUCUACUACCUGCCCACCGUCUACAUUCUAGUCUUCAUCACUGGAUUUUUGGGAAACAGCGUGGCGAUCUGGAUGUUUGUCUUCCACAUGAGGCCUUGGAGCGGCAUCUCGGUUUACAUGUUCAACCUGGCGUUGGCCGACUUCUUGUACGUCUUGACGCUGCCCGCCCUCAUCUUUUACUACUUCAAUAAAACCGACUGGAUCUUCGGGGAUAUCAUGUGCAAACUGCAGAGGUUCAUUUUCCACGUGAACCUCUAUGGCAGUAUUUUGUUUCUAACAUGCAUCAGCGUGCACAGGUACACGGGCGUCGUGCACCCCCUGAAGUCGCUGGGGAGGCUGAAGAAGAAGAACGCCGUUUACAUCAGCACCCUGGUCUGGGUCAUCGUGGUGGCCGUGAUUUCGCCAAUACUCUUCUACUCGGGAACGGGGAUAAGGAGAAAUAAAACCAUUACGUGCUACGACACCACGACCGAUGAUUACCUGAGAAGUUACUUCAUUUACAGCAUGUGCACCACGGUGUUCAUGUUCUGCAUCCCGUUCAUAGUGAUUCUUGGCUGUUACGGACUAAUUGUGAAAGCUUUGAUUUACAAAGAUUUGGACAACUCUCCUCUUAGGAGAAAGUCAAUUUACCUGGUUAUUAUUGUGUUGACAGUCUUUGCUGUGUCGUAUCUUCCCUUCCACGUGAUGAAGACCUUAAAUCUAAGAGCCAGGGUGGAUUUUCAGACUCCACAAAUGUGUGCCUUCAACGAUAAGGUUUAUGCCACUUACCAAGUGACGAGGGGUCUGGCCAGCCUCAACAGCUGUGUAGACCCCAUUCUUUAUUUCCUGGCAGGUGACACCUUUCGAAGGCGGCUUUCCAGGGCAACCAGGAAAUCCUCCCGAAGAAGUGAACACAAUGUGCAGUCCAAAAGUGAGGAAAUGACUCUCAAUAUUUUAUCAGAGUAUAAGCAGAAUGGAGAUACAAGUUUGUGAAUUAAUGCGAAAGAUUUGGGAACGGUUUGCAAAAAUCCUCCACUUUGACAGAGUAGGACGCGAUAGUGCUACAAGUGUGUGAGGAAAAUUUAUCAGUCUCUCAAACUCAUUUUAGAUAAAGCCUCUUUUUCUGCUCUUAGAAAAAAACUUAACAAAGUAAGUGGAAGAACUUUAAUCUUAAUGGAGAAUAACAUGUCAAAAUUCAGCUUUCCUUCUCCUUACAAUGUUCUCGUUUCUUUCUGACUUGUGUCAGAUAAAGUAAAAUGAAGUAAAUCCCCUAAAGGAAGAAAGCAAUCAAAGUGCUUCUGUUUCAGUGACUUAGUCUCCCACACUCAAAGCGAUCUUCAUUAGCCUCCCUUUAAAAAUAGGAAAUAAAAGUAAGAAAGAGCAGCAUCUUCUCUUCUGAUGCUCAGUCCACAUACUGAGCCUCGGUGCUGUCCUUUCGCUCACUUGCCAUUGUAAACAAGUGUGUAAAUCACGGUCCUGGUGCGGCUGGCACACCUUUACGGUUUCAUUAUUUCUUCAUCUACUUCUAGUGUUGAUAAUUAUUUGGUAGUUUGGUAACGUUUAUGAUUCAGUCUUCGAAUGCCAGCGUGUUACAAAAGAUAGGCUUGCCGACGUGUGUGCAUGAUUAUGCUUUCAGUUCACGGCGGCUGCUCGUGGCAGACGCGGAACCCGCAGCAGACCGCCGCGCGGGCGGGUGGGUGGCUCCGGGAGCCGGUGCAGGCACCUGCCUCGCACCCGCGGGCAGCGGUGCGCUCCGUGAGCUGCUGCUGGAGCACGGUGUGUGCACAGGGGCCGGCGGCCUGAUCCUGCCUGGGCACUGCGUGCUGCAGCCCCUGCCCUUGGCCGCUCGUGGUUGCGGUCGUCCUGCAGGUCUUUACGGGUAGAGCGCCAGAAACGUGUCUGCUGGGACUGGCCGUGCCUUGUAGAGGAGUGGAACUACAUCACCUGAGUCACCUGCGGUUUCUUUUGGUGCGAGAAUAUUUCUGUUCCUGGCAAUCUUUACAGAGAACAUGAAAGUUGUUUCCCAAGAAUAUACCUAUAAAAAACGAUAUAUAUAUGGUUUAUAUUAUAUAUAUGUAUAAAUAAUUGGGAGGGAAUUAAUUUUUUGGUAUUGUGACAAAUUACUGUAUUAACAAGAUGUUGCAAUAUACUACAGACUAAAUCUACCCGUUUGUUGUAUAUCUUCUCCAAAUGUGGAAUAGGUCAUCUAAAAUUAGUCAAGCUGAAAUGUUGUGUAAUACAAGAGCUAGUGAUCAGAGCACAGAUGAAACCUUACAUGGGCAGUCAUUCAUUUCUCAUAUUUUUAAGAAAUGUGUUUGAAAAUAUUGUGUGUUAAAAGCAGUAUGAAGGCAUGCUUUAAAUGAUAAAUUUAGUGUACAAAAUUAAGUUCUGUGUAAUCCUAGGGGUGAUUUAAGCAGAUCCUCAUUCCUCCAGUCUUCAUAGUAAGAGUAAAAUAUUUAUAUUUUGCUUACUGAUUUUCAGUGGUUGGUAACAAACAGGAGUAGCCUCGUUACUUUUUGACAUCGUUGUAAAGCAGCUUCUGUUCAGACAUACAGCUUCUUAAUCUGCAAAGUCCCUAUUUAUUGAACUUAUUUAUUAGAAAACUAAAUGUAAAGUAUGUAAAGUGUGGUUCUCCGUGUUCAUAUUCAGAAUUGGGCAUUAAUGGAAAAUUUAACAGCAUGUUUAAAUCAUUGUACUACUGUGUCUUCUAACAGAACAUCUUUAUAAUAAACUCAAUUCCACCCUGACUAUUCACUCUUGAUAUAUAACCUAGAGAUAAAUUAAACUACUAAUAUAUAGCCUAGAGAUAAAUUAAACUACUGCUUAGGAAGCAUAGCUUCUUGAAGCAAUGUUAAGAUCCCAUUUAGCACUGUAAGAUGAAAAAUGGAGAGAGUGAAAAAAUCCCAACCAAGGGUCAAUUGCUAAUUAAUCCCUACUGACAAAACACUGUAGAAUAGCACAGCCUAUUUAUAUCACCAGAGAAUGAGACUGGUUCAGAAUAAAUGACUUCUUCUAUUAUGUGAUUAUUUGAGACUUCAUUCAGCCGAGGCACAUCUUGUUUAGAAUGGCAGAUGAAUUAAGCAGAGGGAGCACAUUAAAAUAUGAUACGCUCUGGAUCUGCUUCUCUAGGUUUAAAAUUGUAUUCGUGUCCCAGAGUUUUGUAGUCUAUUUCUCUUUUUUCUUUCAGUUAGGAAAUAAAAUGUUCCACCAAGUCAUGUCCUAAAAAAGGUCCUAAACGCGGAGACGCAGCAGAACAAAAGCCUUGCACCCAGGCUGGUCCUUCUGUAGUUGCUCAAAGUCUUUUUGCAGCGUGCCUCUCUAAUACGGCAAAGUUGGCUGGCUCUUACGCUGUGUAUAGUUCAAGUGCAACCAAAUUGUACAAGCCCAGGGACCCCAGGUUUGGCAUGCUGCAGGAGAAACCCACCUGUCUGCACAGAGAGCCUGUUGGGGAAAAUCCCCCCCGAGAUGCAAACGGCAGUACCUUCCCCACAAACAUGGGUCUUGAGCUCCUGGGGUGGAUUUUGUGCACUCAUCCUGAAGCAGCUGUAAGAUCUCUGCUUCAUCUUGCCUCACUGAAGAGAGCUCUGCAAUUUGACCGGUGUGGUCACCCGGUGCGUUGCUGAGGUCUGUGCUGAUAUUUUAUUUAACAGAGACCCUUUUUAUUGCUGAGCAGCAAGGGCAGGCAGCUUCCCGCAGCAUCUUCACCCCACAGAGGUGUACGGGAGCCUCCCGCUGACCCCGAGAAGGAUCAUUGAACACAGUUUACACACAGUUUGUUUUCCUUCUUUUAGCUCCUGUGACCUGGAGAGCUAACCCCUCAAACCACAUCCUACUCCCAUGUGGUUCCCAGAUGCACACACACCGAGGUGCCACAGCCAGCACUGAGACCUGCUGGAACUUGAGGCUGAUCCUCACAAUCUUAUGUAGUUCCUGCUUUUUUUUUUUUUUUUUUUUUCUUUUUUUUUAAAGCGCUGUUGUUUUUGCAGUAGGUUAGUCAGAGGCACUGCACAAUCACACCCAAUUUGUAUCUCCUCCCACCUGGCUGCUCGUUACCUGCAGCAUCACAGAAUCGCGUGUGUUGGGCUGUCCCAGCAGCGGGGAGCCUGCUCGGGCACGGGGACACUGCUGGGAUGAAAACCAAGGCAGUGUGCUGGCUGCAGCCAUGGGCUCCGGGGGAGCUUGGCAAGUCUGUUGUUAAAUAUUUCCCUUUUGGUACUUACCCUUACCACAGUAGUGAAAAACAGUCAGUCCAUGGACAUCCGUUUAGUUAUUUGUGAUGGGUAUCAUUGAAGAAGCCUUUCCCUAAGCCGCUUUACUGAAGUUCCUUUCUGACCUAUCUGAUGUGCAAAGACUAUGCAAUCUCAAUUACAGCCUGUGGGCUUUGGCUGGCAUUGUUAAUUAAUUAGCAAUGAUGACAACGGGCUGUGUUAGUGGGAGCCAGAUUCAGCUCAUCAACUAACUACAAGACCACCUAAAAGCUCCAUCUUCCCUCGUGCUGCAUUAGCCUUUGACUAGCAAAUGAAAUCAAACAUUUCAUGAUUAUGCCUUUAACCUAUUUUUCCUCUGUGUCAAUUCGGAAUCUUUUAAUAAAUAUAAAUCAUUCACUGAAGAUGCCAAAAGAAGUUUGAGGUAAAUAGUUAUUUAUGAGCUUUAGACUUAGGAAAGCAUUCUACCAUCAUCCAUACAGAAACAAAUUGUUAU